GACGCCCGACCGGGAGACCGCUGCAGUGGUUAGUGGAGUUUGUAGCUAGCUAGCAACGCAGCGAGCGAGGCCGCUAGCGCGCCCGCGACCACCGCACCGCAGCUCCACGGGAGAGAGGCGGCCGAGGAAGAAGAAGGUCGUCACCGAUCGAAGGCUGCCUGCGGAGCGAGGGCAAAGAUGGGCGGCGCCGGCGGGGCGACGACGAGGAGGCGGUACAACAGGUCUACGGUUCCCAGGCUGAGGUGGACGAGCGAGCUCCACCGCAGCUUCGUCCGGGCCGUCGACUGCCUCGGCGGGCAGGACAAGGCUACCCCUAAGCUCAUUCUCCAGCUCAUGGACGUCAGGGGGCUUACCAUUGCUCAUGUCAAGAGCCACCUUCAGAUGUACAGAAGCUCAGGACAUGACAUUAGAAAGACAGAGAUGCAACCACGGCUAGGACAUCUGAAGCACUCAUUCACCGUUGAUGAGGGAGGCCCCAAGGAAUUCAUCUGCCCACCCAUGAAAAGGGCAAAGGCAGGGGCAGCCACGGUCACGCACGAGAGCAUGCAGGGGAACAGUGACAUGGGGGCUCCUGGCACCCGGCGCUGCGGCGAUGAUUACACGCAAGCGGUGCCCGUGGGCUGCAGCAGGAGGAUAACGGAGUGCCUCCGCUGGCAGUGGCAGAGGGAUGCCGCUGCCGCUUCUACACUGCAAGAGCUGGGAUUUUGGGUGCGAGGAACCGAGCCCUUCAAGGUACGACAGAUUGGAAGGCCCAUUGCAAAUCGUUUCAGCCCUGUGGUGAGGCAGCUAUCUUCCAAGGAGAUCAAGUGCGAAAACAGAUGCUUCUUGUUUGGCACUGCUACUAGAGACGAAGCGGCCAAGAAACUUUCACCGUUGCGACCGCUAGGCUCCAUUGACCCGAAAGCAGCUGUGGCCGCAGUAUCUUCCUGGCCCCGUGAAGGCAGCUGCGUACUGUCUCCGCCACCGUCGUCGACGAGCUUUAGUGGAUGCUCGGGGCCAGGCAGAGGCAGCUGCUUAUUUGCCGGGCAGAGGAUUAACCUGGACCUUUCCCUGUCAAUAUGUGGAUCAUAGCUUAUGAAUUUUGUACAACAACCGUAUCCAUGUCGCAUGCCUCUUGUAACUUGUUUUUGGAUUUUCCACUGGUAGCAUGGCGCAAAUUGAGCAGUAACUAGUCCAAAACUAAGCGCCUUCAGAAAGAUCUUAGGAAUGACUGUUCACAAGUUCCAUUGUAUGGAUGUGGCAAAGGAAAAACUGUCUGCUGGAAGUGACCAGCAAAACGGAAGCAUGAACCGACUACCAAGACAGAUCAGCCCACAAACUUAGGACACUUUCUUUUUCUUGAAAAACAACUUAGGACACUUUCAGUGAUCCAUGUAGGCCAAAUGUAGGUGCCCCAUGAGGAAUACAGUGCUGCUGUCAGCCUGUCCAUACUCCAUACUGUUUCUCCGAUUCUGCCCCUUGCUUUG